GGUGCAGUGCGAGUCUGGAGAUAUAGUUCCCAUCUCAACGCCAAUCAGUGUAUUUUCCUGGUGCUUAUCGAGACGAUUUUCAUUUUCAGCUGCUGCCUCAUUUGGAUAAGGAAUUAGUUUUCAUCCUGUCGCGAUGAGAACUCUGCCAUUUCUGUUGGCGCUGACGCUGCUGGCCAUUGGAGCCGCCGCAGCAGCUUCCACCACCACCACCUCUACCACCACUUCUACCACAACAGCAAAGCCAAAGAGCGGGUCCAAGCCGAAGGCUGAGGCUGACAAGCCAACCAAGAAGCCAUCACCAUCACCAUCAAAGCCGUCGCCCACGACUGCCACCACACGGCAAUCGAAAGCGCUGAAGGCAGCAUCGAAUCCGGGCGAGAACCGCGGCAAGAGGACGCUCUACGACUUUGGCAAUGCCGGCUAUCUGUAUCCGGAGGUGGCCAGCAGGAGGUCAAGCUAUGUGGACAACACGGCCAGCUAUUAUCCCCAGACUGGCUACUACAGUGGACAGACCGCCAUUGCUCAAUAUCCAGGACACUUUGGUCCGGCAUAUGCGGCAUAUCCGCAGUACCUGGAGGCCCCUGAGCCCAUCAUCGAGAUCAUUAUCAAAGAUGCCAAUGAGACCCUGGCCGAAGAGCCGGCCCAGCCGAUAGUGACCAGGAAGAAGAAGAGGAAGGAGAAAGUCCACGUGUUCUAUGUGAAUUACAAGAAGGACCAGAACAACAAGCUGCACCUGGAGUCGCCGAUAGCCUCCCUGAACAACGAUGACAACGAGGAAGAGGAGGAGGAGGAGGAGGAAGAGGUGAUCCAGUAUCCAGUGACACCUCUGCCACCACUGAAACCCACCACCCUGCGCACCAUCAUCCACCCCGACUCCGAGAAGUUUCACAGCAACUCCGGAAUCCACGUCUCCUUCGGUGCGGAGAACAAACACCAGACUGGGCACAUUCUGGAGGAGCACGAUGCGGAGAGCAUUCAGCGCCAGGUGGUGGCUCUGCCGCUCCCAGUGAGCUCCACGGGCCUCAAGGCGCAGGAUGGCGGCUAUCCCGGUAACACCCGUGCCGACUAUGGCAGGGAGAGCAGCUUCGGCAGGAGCCCAGGACCCAUCGCUAAUCUGCUCUUUGGAAGUGGAGGCAGCGGCAGCUCCAACAACUACCACCAGCAGUCACCACUGCACUUUCAGGGCCAGCAGCAGCUUCCCACGCAGCACGGAAGCAACUAUUUCAGACCCCCCUCCGCCCUGGUGGGACCUCCGCACUCCUAUCAGAAGCCAGCGCCACAGUCACAGUCACAGCCACAACUGCAACAGUCACAGUCACAGCCACAACUGCAACUGCCACAGCAGUCGCGUCCCAGCAUCACGCAGCAGCAGCUGCCAUCCACCUCGUCCCAGACGAUCUUCAAUAAGCUGGUCCAGCAAUCGCAAUACUACAUCAAUCACAAUCAGCAGUAUCCGUCGCAUGUCCAAAGUCAGCCAAACCAGCAGCAGCAGUACCAGAAGCCACCCCACAAGCAGGUCCAGGUGCCGUUCUUCCCCACGAUUCCGCCCAAGACGCAGGACCUGUCCUCGCGACCCAGUCCAUCGCCGUAUCAUCCCAUCAAGUUCCGUCCAACGCCGGCUCCCACGUCGCACAUCAAGCCCUUGCCGCUGCCUGUAAAACUGGACAAUGCAAACUACCAGCAGCAACAGCAGCAGCAGCAACAUUAUCAGCCACAGCAGCAACAGAAGGUGCCACAGCCACAGCAACAGCAACAUUAUCAGCCACAGCAGCAACAGAAGGUGCCACAGCCUUAUCAGUUCGUUCGACAGCCCCAGUUUGUGCAGCAGCCGCAGUUUGUGGUGCGCUCACCCACGCCUGUGCCGGAAUAUUAUCCGCAGCAGCAACAGCAACAAUCGCAGCAGCAUCGUCAGCAUCAGCAGCAGCAACAGCAGCAACAGAAGACCAUUCAGAGCACCCUCAACUACUUCGACAUCAAGCCAUCCAAGGAGACAGAGCUAUUGAAGUCCAUACCCAAGUACGAGCAGCACAUCAUCGAGACCGUGCAGAACCCCAUUACUCCCUCCAAGCAGCAGCAGCAGCAGCAACAUCAUCAUCCUCAGCAGCAGCAAUUUAGUUACAGCAGCACACGUAAUGAGGUGAUCCAUGAUGUGCCCGCUCCGAAUCUCGCACCCUCUGCCCAACAGCCAGUCUCAGGCCAUUACAUAACCGCUAGCUCAGGGAGUACCCAACAGCAGCAGCAGCAGCAACAGCAGCAGCAGCAGCAGCAGCAGCAGCAAUCUCACUUCGGCAGCUUUCCCAGCGAGGCUCCGUCUCAGCCUCCCGUCUAUGCAGAGUCCACGCAUGGCCAAAAAGUGAUGGUGGUCACACCCGUGCCCCCAUCGGCCAACUUUGUGACCUACAGCCAAUACUCUCAGGCGGCCAAUGAGCCCGUGGUCCAUGUAAACUCCCAGGCAGCCGCUUUGCAGACCCAGGCCAGCACUCACUUUGCUCAGCAGCCCCGGCAGCCAGCUGGCUCCCAGAUCAGCGCUCCCUCCACGGACCACUCGCCCUUCAGUGUGUCCACCUUCCACUCGGAUGUGUUCAAAGAGCUCGAGCAGCGAAACCAGCAGGAUACGCAGCCACAGCUGCAGUCACAACAAGUGCAACAGCAGCAGCAGCAGCAGCAACAGCAGCAACAGCAGCAACCACAGCAACAACACCCAAGUGCCGCUUCAGUUCCAGUUCCAGUGCCGAUUGCUGCCCCAUCUGCUUCCUCUCCCAAUGGAAAGGCCUCGCAGACGCUGCUCCAACUGCCCGACGAAGUACCCGAAGAUCUGCGCCAGCAACUCUUCUCCUCUGGCAUCCUGAACAACGCCGACAUCUCGAUCCUCGACUACGACAAGCAGGGGGACAUUGCCCUGGAGAACCUGCCCGCCGAGCAUCUGCAGCACUUCUAUGGAGCCGGCGGCGGCGCCCAGAUUGCCGAGACCAACAAGGUGCUCACCGUGGUCAAGCCAAAUGGGGACAAGGUGGCGCUCAGCGAGAAACAGAUUGAACGCGUCAAGCAGAGCAACUCCCUGCCCCAGAAGCAGAAUCUGGACGUAAAGGUGGUCCGCUACGAUGCGGGACAAGGCCAGAGCGUCAGCGAAAAGUACGUCCGCACCGAUGCCACCGUGGUGAACCCCGUGGACCUGACCGAGCGACAGCAGUACAACCGCUACCUGCCCCUGAAGAUAAACGGAGCCCAGUUCCCCAUUCCAGACAGCGAGGAGCUACUGGGCAAGAAGAUCGUCAGCGUGGUGGUCCUGGCGCCCGUCGAGGCCCAACCAGCGACGACGAGCAGUGAGGGGCGCAGUGUGGACAACAAGGAGGUCAAGUUCUUGGGCGGCGAUCUCAUCAAAACCUUGGUGAAGAAGCCCACCAAGGACAACUUCAAGCGUUGGCUGGAGAAAGAGGCGCGCACGGACCUCGAGCUGCAGUCCGUUGUCCUGCUGGUGACCAGAUCCAGCGACUCAGCCGCGGAUCCGGAUCAUGAUCAGGAGAUCUUCAUGUAUGACAUCGGCACGGGCAGUAUCAAUCGUUUGAAUGGGGAGCUCUCCAGCACGUUCGUCAGCGUGGCCGAGGAAAACGCCAGCAGCGAGGAUCUUGAGCAUGCCGCCACCCUGGAUCCCAGCUCGCUUGAGUCCAUGAUGCACCUGCGGCGCAGAUAGAUUGAGUCGCCAUCGCAGUCCACAUGAAAAUGCCAUUUAGCUACUCUUCUACAUCAUCGUGCGCCCAUUCCACAAUUUCGCUUUAUUUUUUUUGUACCCCUCCUUCCUUAGUUUUGUGUUCACUAUCUUCUGUUCUGGUCUCUUUGAUCUAUCAUCAGGUUGCACAUUUUCCACCAAAAGAAAAGAGAAUCAUGCUUCAUUGAUCACGGCAUUUCAUUGCAUCCCCUGCAACUCCUCUCGUAGUAUUUCCAUUUUGUAAAUAUUCUAUGCUGAUGUUACAAUUAUCUUAAUUUAAGCUAAUUUACGUAAAACAAUCAAA